UUCGACCGCCGACCACCGCGCGACGUUCCGUAUGGGGCGUUUCCGCCCGCGACGCACUACGCGCACGCGGAUGACCUCACGCGCGGCUUCCCGCUGAACCCGCCGACGUGCGCGUGCGCGCCGGCGCCGCAUCCAUUCGUGACACACGACGUGAAUGAGGAGGACUGGAGGCGAUUCCUGGCGGAUGUCAAGGGCGCGGGAGGCCUAAAGCCGAUGAAUGCGCUGCUUGCGGACGCAGCGCCGACUAUGGUCAUGACGGGUUUCAUUGGAGGGUACUUGGCAUCAAAAGCGCUGAAAGCGCACGUUAAGAGCAAACGGAAGAGUCCUGUGGCAGAGGUCAUUGAGCUCUGGAAUCGACGAUUUUUCCAUCCGCGCUGCAUGGACGUCGUCCUGGCGCAGGGACUGCUCACCUACACAGGGCCAGUCGACACAUUCCCGCCCGACAUGGUGCGCCCGAGCCCGCAGAAGAAGAAAGACAAGCACGUUAAAGUGAUCGAGGACCACUCCGACGACGAGGGCGGCAGCGGGAGCUCGCGCCUCGACGCGAUGGGCGCGGCGGUGGGCGCGGCGGGAGAGCAGUUCAUGAACAGGGGGACGUAUCAGCGGGGACGGAUAGCGUUUGGGUAUGACUUGAAACACUCGGCGCGGGAGCGGUGGAGAGUGAUUUUGACGUAUAAGCCC